UGGUUGAUUUUGGGACGUGCUGACUGUUCUGAGUGGUUGUGGGUUUAUUUCCUCCGUGUGUUUCAGGGAAUGGCUUCACACGGACGAGGCCGCUCCGCUGGUGGUUCCGCCCCACAUGGAGAGGAGCGUCGAGGGACGACGUCGUCGCCAGCAAGGGAAACGAGUCGCGGAGUUGGAGGUGGGGAGGAAAAACGACGUGCUCAAAACUUGUGGUGCGACUACAGCAAACGUGUCUGGUAUUUGGACUGGGCGAGCCAAGACGGCUCCAACCCGUUGCAACCACCGUGCGGGCCGCUCUUGUUCGUCGCCGUUCGCGCCGAUAGAACGCGUCUCGCAGGGUCCAUCGUCCAGUGGGUCGUCGAUGACGAAUACAAUUUCAAGUUUUCGUUGAAGAAGCAUUACAGAAGUGAUGGUUCUGUCGACGGCAUCGCAAAGGGAUGCAAGGUUGCCGGGAGGAUGUUCGGUGGGUACGGUCGUCGUGCGAUGUCUUUGCCUCACUUUCUCCCGCUAGCGCCGGGGCAUGACGAGGCCGUUCACGUCACAGACUUCCUCGAAGUCUGGACGAAAUCUGGUACCUCUGUCAGUGCCAUGGACGUCGGACCUGGAACAUCGAUCAGUGGUCCUGUUGGGUUCGCGGGAGGAGAGUGCUCUGAAAGGGAGAUGGGAGGUCAGGGUGGCUUGCCAGCUACGCCUCCUGAUCAAGAGGUGGGCAUGUCAGACGACUCGGAGGACGACCAUCCGCAUGCUCCUUUGAAACCGGGCUUGCAUGUAUCUCGCCGCCACGGUUUGCUUGGGGAGUCGACGUCACAUGGAGGCGGCGAUGGCGAACGGUUGCGACAGGGCUCAGAAUCGACGACUCCUCGUGGUCUGGUCGAAAGGAUCCGUUCGUUCGUUCGUGGCAUGCAGGUGGCCGAGGUUUCGCCUGGAGAUCGAGCGGGUGGUCCGCAGGUUCGAGAGGUGCGUGGGUCAGCUGAGACGACUCGCCAGGCCCGACCAGCGUCGGGGGAACUGCAGACGGAGUUGAGCCAGGGACGAGAAGCAAGUGGGAACGUCACCGGUGAGGAGGAUGUGUCCGAGCAGGGGCUGUUCCGUGAGAGAUCUGCUGAAAAGACUCAGUCGGGAGGCAAGCGCAACUUGCCGGAUGAGGAAGAGCGAGAGGGACUAGGUGCUCUGAAAAGCUUGAGAAAGGUAGGAGGGAGUGCUCGGAUGCCAACAACACGAGAGGGCGGUUCCGUUGAGAAGAGGAAAAGGGUUGGAGGUGGGGAUGAAACGCCAAAAGACUCGUCGACACAGCGAAGAACCGGUGAGUCUUCCGGGAAAAGGGCGAAAUCAUCGAGAGGGAAGAACGCAGACGAGGGCGACAAUGGGGAGGGGGAUGACGUCGCGGAGAUUCAACGCCUUUAACCUCGACAAUGCGUUCUUCCUCUAGAUGCAGACAGGGGUGCAGAAGGACGUCGUGUUGCACAUCCAUCCCGAAAGAAUAUUAGCUAUUCCAGAUU